GGAUCAUCAUCUUUGUGUCUCGGUCUAUUUUUUUAACAUUGAGAUAGGUUAAAUUUUUUUUUAUCAAGGUUUUCAAUUUGGUGAUUGUUGUGUCAUUGGUAUGGUUGGUAAAAUGUUUUUGACAUUGAUUUUGAUACAACUUUUGGUUGAUUAAGAUAGUCAUUGUCAUUCGUAUGAUUUUUGGAUAAAUUUUUUUAACAAUGUCAUUCGUAUGAUGUCUCGCAUUGAUUCGUAUGGUUGUGUUUUUUUUUAGGUUUCUCAUUUGGUAGUUGUAAUGUUUACUUGUAAUAAAUUGGUAGCAUUGUUGUGUAGUUGGUUGUAUUUAAUUUUAGUGUUGUUUGUUCAUAGUUUCUUGUUUAAUUUGGUAGUUGUAAUGUGUACUUGUCAUAAAUUGUGAUUAGACAUUUGUUGUUUGGUCUUUAAGUUUUGAUAGUUAUUGCAAGUAAGGUUUUAAACCAUAAAUCUCUUUCAUUUAUCUUCCCUUUCUCACUUGUAAAUGAUAUUCACUUCUCUUCUAUACUCGCAUCUCUUAUCUUCGCAUUCCUUCUCUUCUAUACCCGCUUCUAAUCUCUGCUUUUCUCUUCUCUUCUCUUCGCAUUGAUCAUCUUCUAUACCCGCUUCUCUUCUCUGCUCUUAUCUUCUCUUCUCCUCGCAUUCCUUCUCUUCCUUAUCCGUUUCUUCCUAUGGAUUCUAAUAAUCCCUUCUUUCAGUCUUCUUCUUACUUCAACUUGCUUAACAGUCAAGAAGAAGGUGGUUUAAAUGAUAACUUUCAUUGGGAAAGUUAUCCACCUUCUGGACAGAGCUCACAACCUUCUCCUCACAGCUCCCAACCUUCUCCUCACAGCUCCCAACCUUCUCCUCACAGCUCGCAAGAAACACCAAAAGAGCGCAAGGAGAGAAAGACAUGGACACCUGCUGAUGAUGAAGUCUUGAUCUCCGCAUGGCUCAACACUUCAAAAGAUCCCAUCGUUGCAAAUCAACAAAAGGGAGGAAGCUUCUGGAGCAGGAUUCAAAAAUACUAUUGUGACACUCCUCACGCUAGAAACGGUGGGGAACAGAUGCUGGUGACACAUUGCAAGCAGCGUUGGCACAAGAUAAAUACUCAGAGGACACGACUAUAGCUAUUCCCAGCCUUCUUCAUCUGAUCUGGCUGAUAAGUACUCAGAGGACACUGCGGAUAGAGAGCUAGAUGCAUUGAUUCGUAUGGAUGAAGCAGAGUCGAGGCAAUACCCACCUCAACCGGAGGUGGAGCAUGGAUUCCCGAAGGAAUGUUAUUGUGGUGCGAAGCCUUUUUUAACCAACUGCUACAACAGAAGGUUCUUCACAUGUCCAAAUGUCGAUGAUGGUGAGAUGCAUAUUCACAAGUGGUGGGAUGUGGCUGUAAUGGAGGAGUUGAGGGACAGUGAUAGACGAUAUGAAGUGAUGGCUGAGAAGGUAGAUUACUUAACCUUGUUCAAUGAUGAGAGUAACGCAACUGAACAGAAACUGGUAAGGUUGGAGAAUGUAGUUAAUGAGAUAUGUAAGGAAAAUAAGUUAAGAAAAUUUACUGAUUUGCUGGUUGUAGGUGUAAUCAUCAUUUUCACAUGUAUUUUGUUCAUGUUGGUGUAAUGAUUUACACGGGUACUUGUUGUUUUCUUAUCAUGUAUGUUGUUUUGUUUUGGUCUCUCACGGGUAUUACAUGUAUUUUGACUACGGACGUGUUGGUCUCUGUCACGGGUACUUGUUGUUGGUGUAAUCAUGUAUGUUCUUUUG